GCAACCCACUUGGAGGAGCCAAUAAGAAGGAAAUAGUGAAGUGGAGAAAAUGGCACGAACCAACAAAACCCCCACUCUCUCUUCCUGUCUUUCUCCAACAAAGAGUAACAGUUUUCCCUCUGCAACCUAUUAAGUAUUAAUCCUCCCCCUCUCAAUCUGUAACAUUAUCCUAAAAUAGAAACAUUCACUCACACUUUUACUAUUUAUCAUGCAUAAUCCGGCUAGUGUUAACCACGAACAACGUUCUCUCUUCGAUCUAGGAACCCAAAUCUAUCGCUUCACCUUCAAUUCCACUCUCCCUGGACCAGACACUUUCUCCUCUUCUUCCUUCCUCCACUUCAACGCACGUGCGCCAAAGCGCACCGUUUUGAAGGUCAGGGCUUUCGCCUUCGCUACCUUCGUCAACGACUUCAACCGUGCGGUUACGUUCUACUGCGAUAGGGUUCCGAUUGGCUUCGCUUCGUUGAGGAUUGGUUCCUUCCGAGACCCCAAUGGCAAUGGAAGUGGUGAUGGGAAUGGAGGGCGUGUUGGGAGUGGUGACGAUGGGAAUGGGAAUGGAGUCAGGGAAGAUGGUGGCAACGGUGUUGUGGAAGGUGAAGGGUUGCAGUUUAAUGGCGGAGAAGGUGUGGGUCCCAAGAAGGUGUUGAUUCUCAUGAGUGACACUGGUGGUGGACAUAGGGCUUCUGCUGAAGCUAUCAAAGCUGCUUUCUAUGAAGAAUUUGGCGAUCAUUACCAGGUGUUUGUUACUGAUUUAUGGACCGAUCACACUCCUUGGCCGUUCAAUCAACUCCCAAGGAGCUAUAGCUUUUUGGUGAAACACGGGCCAUUAUGGAAGAUGACCUACUAUGGAACUGCCCCACGUGUUGUGCAUCAGUCUAAUUUUGCAGCAACUUCAACAUUCAUAGCUCGUGAGGUUGCUAAAGGGCUAAUGAAAUAUAAGCCAGAUAUAAUAAUCAGUGUGCAUCCACUGAUGCAGCAUGUUCCACUUCGUAUUUUGAGGGCAAAGGGGCUUUUGGAGAAGAUUGUUUUUACAACAGUUGUUACUGAUUUAAGCACAUGCCAUCCUACAUGGUUUCAUAAGCUUGUAACUAGAUGCUAUUGUCCAACAACAGAUGUUGCAAAACGGGCACAGAAAGCUGGACUUCAGCCAUCCCAAAUAAAGAUUUAUGGUCUACCUGUCCGACCUUCCUUUGUUAAGCCUGUUCGUCCAAAGGAUGUACUAAGGAGAGAAUUAGGCAUGGAUGUCGAUCUUCCUGCUGUAUUAUUGAUGGGAGGAGGUGAAGGUAUGGGUCCAAUUGAGGCUACUGCUCGGGCACUUGGAAAUUCAUUGUAUGAUGAAAAUAAUGGGUCUUCCAUUGGUCAGAUUCUUGUGAUUUGUGGUCGCAAUAAGAAGCUUGCUAACAAACUAAAUGCAAUUAAUUGGAAGAUUCCUGUGCAGGUCAAGGGAUUUGUCACCAAAAUGGAGGAAUGCAUGGGAGCUUGUGAUUGCAUCAUUACAAAGGCAGGCCCAGGGACAAUUGCUGAGGCCAUGAUCCGAGGCCUCCCAAUUAUUUUGAACGAUUACAUUGCUGGGCAGGAAGCUGGCAAUGUCCCCUUUGUAGUAGAAAAUGGUUGUGGGAAGUUUUCUAAAUCACCAAAGCAGAUAGCUAAAAUUGUUGCAGAAUGGUUCGGUCCAAAAGCCAUCGAGCUAAAAGUAAUGUCACAAAAUGCAUUAAGGCUAGCAAGGCCUGAUGCUGUGUUUAAGAUUGUCCAUGACCUUCAUGAGCUUGUAAGACAAAGAAGCUUCCUACCAGAGUAUUCUUAUGCAGCUUAAUUAAUGGUGAGGCAAAACUUUUUGUACCAGUUUUUCAGAUAAAAUGCCUGAAGCAGUGAAAGGUGUAUCACUAGUAAACAUACUGCAUUUUAUUAAAAAGUCCAUAUCAUUGUUCAGAUGCUCAUUUCAAAAUAAUAUAAUUUUUGCUGUUUCCUGCA